AUGCGCGUUACUUCUCCUACUGUUCUGAGCAUUCUUGCCUCGGGCUUCUUCGUAUCUGCUGCGCCAGCGAAAGGAUGCAACCGCGUGGACGCAGUCUACAUGCUACUAAAAGGCUCACUGCAGUCUCAAGCUUCUUCUCUCUGUGUCCAAUUCCUUGGCGGUGACCAGACUGUUGUGCAGACUCAGAUUCAGACCGUGACAGGACCGGCGCGCAUUGCUACCAUCACAGCCCCUGACGAGACUCAAACGAUCGAUGUCGAAGUCACCAACGUCAACCAAGUCUACAGCACUGAGACGGUCUAUCUCCCACCGCCAACCACAACUCAAACGGUCACCGUAGUCGGUCCAACCCAGACUAUCUACCAGAAGCGCGGAAACCAUGUCGCGCUCCCACCAAAGCUUGCAUCCUUUGCAUCGUCACGUAUAUCAAGUGCGUGCAGCUGCAUCGCCACCCCAACCACCCGCACCAUUUCCGAUAUCCAAACAUUCACAAUCCCCGGUUCACAAGCCACAACAAAACUCCCCGGCGCAACCAUCUCCGUCACACUGACCAAGACACUCCAAAUCACCUCUGUAUCCUACACAACCACCACCCUACCAGCAACCACAACCAUCAUCGCAACCGCCACAACCACCGUGCGCCCUAUCCUCGUCAAACAAAAAAUCUGCAACGCCAAAGGCCUGCCUGGUAGCAAUGCAUUCAACUACGGCGCGAACUUCAAUACUAACCAGGAUGCUUGCGUCGCGUCGUGCAAGACGGACACGCGCUGCUUGGCGACGGGGUUUUAUCUUGUGACGGACCCGUCGACUGGCACCACGACUGGCACGUGUAGGAAGUACGAUAAGGCAGUGGUAGACUCUGCGGAUUUGGGGUUCGGGUAUUAUAAUUUCAACGACAAGGCUUGUUGA